GGCUUUUUUGAAGUAAUUGAAAGAAGGCAGUUUCAUCAACUUUUAGUUUUGUUGUUGUUUUCUUUGCUUACUUUCUCCCCCAUUACUUGACUACUAUCACUUAUACACGGAGUUCAUUGCGAAGUUGAUUUCUUAGCGCGUUCACAGUGUAUCUCUCGAUCUCGAAUUUGUGCUAUCACCACUUUUAUCAGGUAAGGAGCCUUAGGUAGAGAACCCCAGGCACAGGCACGGAAAAGACAGGGCGGCAAAAGAAGGAAGACAGAUAGGGCCAGACAUCAAGACACCACCAAUGUCGACGUAUGCGUUUGAAGACUACGAUGCGUUCCUGGCAUCGUUUGGAGCUGGGCGGUUGGGCGAGCACCCGCAGCAGCAACAACAACAGCAGCAGUCACACAGCGGCUCUCUGUCCACGGUUUUGACGGGCACCGAUGACGAUGACGUUCUCUUCAACAGCAUGUACGCGGACUACCAGGAUCAGCAACCGCAAGCUCACACGCUGUUAUCGCCAGAUUAUACCACAUCGGCAUCGAGCUCGCCAAACGAGUUUUCACAGCUGCCAAUCGACGGCUCCAACUUUGCUGAUUUCAACUUUGCCAAUGGCAACUUUGCCGUUGAUGGCGGUGCCAACAACGUGUCACACGGGAAGAACAGCAUGGCCAGCGAUUUCAACAUUGAGGCCAACGUUAAACAAGAGGAGAGCAUGUCGUCACAAAGCAGCUCAACUGGUUCACCACUUGAUUGCCAUAUCACUGCGAACAGUAACAACACGACAAGCCAGAGCUCCAGAAUCAAACUGGCUGAUGCAGUUCCACGUGGAGGGUCGAUCUCCAAGCGUGGAGCCAAGAAGGAGAAGUCUUCACAUAACAUGAUUGAGAAGCGUUAUAGAACAAACAUCAACGAUAAGAUCAAAGCUUUGAGAGACUCUGUUCCUGCUUUGAGGGUUCUGGUUGAUAGCGGUGAUGAUGACUUUGACGACUUGGAAGGUUUGCAACCUGCAAAGAAGUUGAACAAGGCCACCAUCUUGUCAAAGGCCACGGAGUACAUUAAACAUUUGGAGUCAAAGAAUGAAGUUUUGAAGAAACAGAACGACGAGUUGAAGGCUAAAUUAUAUGGGUAUGGACAGAUGACCCCCGGAAGCUCAGUAUCGUCAGUAUCUACAGACGGUCAAGAUGGAAUGUCUCUUGGUAAUAAGGUACUCCUGGGAGGUAUGGCAUGUAUGGUGGGUGCUGGUUUAACCGACGACUUUGGUGCCAUGGACACCAAAUCGCUAUUUGCUUUACCGGUGCUUGGAUAUGACACUACUGGAUUGCAAUUGUUGAGUAAACCUUUAAUGGUUUUGUUGAAGGUAUCCUUUGUCUUUACGGUAUUACUGUAUUUUGUUUUACCUUCGUUCUUUCAAAAGAAGGAUAGAAAACAAACAGCUCCGUUUGCAACCAUUGUUGAUGACGUUAGAGGAUUGAAGACACGCUCCAUACUAUCGACAUUUUCCUUAACAACUGAUUCCAACAUUGAUUACGUCAAGAGUGCUAUAUUCAGAUGCUUACUGUUAAAAGUUCGCUACACAAAGUCCAACUCUAUGACGUUGAGUGCUGUUAACGCGUAUGUCAGUCAUCUUUGGGCCUAUUUGAAAGACGUUAAGAUCGAGAAGUCCAGCAAGGACUACGAGAGCGUAAAGACCAUCCUUUCAUUGGAUGCUUCAGAGACUAUCGAUAAUAAGAAUUUGCUUUCGAAAAUCUCCAAGUAUUGUUUGACAAACAACGUUGAAUGUGAGAACGAUUUCUCGGUGUGUUACAUUCUCUCCCAUAUGAUAAACGAAAAGACAACCAACUCAUUCUUGAGAAAGUUCAUGGUUGAGACCCUCACCACGGAGAAGUCUAUUCCAGAGAUUGAACAAGAACUUAUACCACACAUUGAUGAACAAAAUUUAGAACUCUUGACUUUGUUCCAUCCAACAGAAGCAAACAUUCUGAACUACAAAACCAUGCUUGAAUCUGCAAGUGUAUCUUCUUUAAAAUCAGAUGACAUCUUGGUUCUCAUAUCAGGUAUUACCCAAAACUUGAUCUUUGAGAAGAAGGAUUAUGCAAGUGCCAGAAGAUGGUUCACAAGGGUUGAAGCACUUCAGCAUGCAGAUUAUGGUUUACUGGGAUUCACUGCGUUGUACAUGACGGUGCUCAGCAUAAUAAGCACCGAGGAGACCUAUCUACAUGACAAGAAUGUCAUUUUGAAGAUUGAGGAGAUAUCUGCCGUGCUUCGGAUAUGGCUUGGUAACUCGAAUGGCUCAGUCCUCAAUUUCAAAAAGAGAUCUCAGCUAAUUGACUUCUUCGUGAAGAUGAGUUUGAGAAUCAACGGCUUGGAUGGCGAUAGUGAUGAUUCCAUGACGCUGGUUUCAUUCUGAAACCCGUUUUAGUUCAAUCACACAAUAAUUUAUUUC